UCUUUGCAAUUUUUUUUUCUUAUAAUUAUUUUUUAUUAAUUCAAAAACGUUUUUGCAUUACUGUGGAGGAGCCAAACAAGUCAUCAUGGGAAUACAAAGGAAAAAAAAGAAAAAAAAAAGAAUUUACGUUUUAAACAGAUUGGGGAAGUGUGACUUCAAAGUUGAAAGUUGAAAGUUGCAGAGAUAACCGAAACGCUGCCGUUCGGGGUGUUCCUGUGGUUCUCGUCUUCUGGGUUUGUCCCACUGUGCCGUCUGAGCUCGUAUCAGGGUGUUGAAAUCACUGUGGCAUUCCCACCUUAAAUGGGUCGGAGUUGCGCUUAUUACUAAGUUCACAAAGGGGAGAAUGCUCCUUUUGGCAAGACUCAAGAGUGGAACCAAUCAAUUUCCAACCCCUUUAAAGCUAAAGUUUUCUCUUGUUUCCGCCGCUAAAGUAUCCGGCCAAUGUGUAUCGUCUGUAGAAACGGAUGUCAACAUUGAUAGGAUUACUAGAAUUAUUAACAACCAUCCAUAUCCUGAUCAACCACUUCAACCGGCUCUUCUCCAGAAUAUCCCACCACCUCUUCUUUCUACGAGCUUUGUGGAGAAUGUUCUUGGUCACCUUUUCGGAGCCCAUUCCAAUGGUCUUAAAGCUCUUGAGUUCUUCAAUUAUUCCCUCCAUCAUUCCCAGUUACGUCCAAGUUCAGAUGCUUUUGAAAAGACGCUGCACAUCCUUACCAGGAUGCGCUAUUUUGAUAAAGCGUGGGAGUUGAUGGAGAAAAUAAGUAGUAUGCAUCCUUCGUUGCUUACCCUGAAGUCGAUGAGCAUCAUGCUGUCAAAAAUCGCAAAGUUCCAAUCCUAUGAAGAUGUCCUUGUAGCAUUUGAGAAGAUGGAGACUGAUAUUUUUGUUGGUAGGAAGUUUGGUACUGAUGAGUUUAAUGUACUUCUUAGAGCAUUUUGCACACAAAGACAAAUGAAGGAGGCACGCUCAGUUUUCAUAAAGAUGCAUUCUCGGUUUUCACCCAACACCAAGACCAUGAAUAUCUUGCUCUUGGGGUUCAAGGAAGCUGGAGAUAUUACUGCAGUAGAACUCUUUUACCAUGAGCUUGCUAGAAGAGGCUUUAAGCCAAACAGUAUAACUUAUAAUAUUAGGAUUGAUGCUUACUGUAAAAGAGGUUGCUUUGCUGAUGGUUUGAGGCUUUUUGAAGAAAUGGAAAGGGCCAAAUUGUCGCCUGCAUUACAGACUAUCACUACACUGAUUCAUGGAGCUGGGGUUGUUCGGAAUCCAAUUAAGGCACAACAGUUAUUUGAUGAGAUUCAUUUGAGAAAUUUGCUUCCUGAUACUGGGGUUUAUAAUGCUUUAAUGAGUUCACUUAUUAGAUCCAACGAUGUGCAGUCGGCAGUUGCCUUGAUGGAUGAGAUGGAAGAGAAGCAUAUUACGCAUGAUCAUAUGACUUAUCACACCAUGUUUUCUGGCCUGAUGAGAACAUCAGGUAUUGAGGGGACUUCUGAUCUGUAUUACAAAAUGGUUGAUAGAAAUUUUGUGCCCAAAACACGAACAGUGGUGAUGUUAAUUAAAUUUUUCUGUGCAAAUCAUCAGCUUGAUUUGGGUUUGCACUUGUGGGGAUACCUAGUGGAGAAAGGAUAUUGCCCUCAUGGUCAUGCAUUGGAUCUUUUGUUAACAGCAUUAUGCUCCCGCAGUAGGGCAAUAGAAGCUUUUGAGUGCUCCUUACAAAUGUUGGAGAGAGGGAGGGAUAUGAGUGAACCAUCAUUUCGGACAUUAGAGACCUUUCUGCUUCAAGCUGGUGAGACAGACAAGCUGAGUAAGCUUAAGCAGAUGAGACAGAAACUGCAUAAUCUGCUGGCCCUUUAAGAGCUCUUAAACUUUCUAUUCUUGCAUCCAGAAACAAAAGUACUACAAUGAAUAGAUAGUGGACUCUUUGAUAAUGAAAGAUUGUUCAAUGCAUUCUGUCUACGCUGAUCCGUAGGAAGAUAAAAGAUGGAUUGAAAUUUCUUCCCAAAAAAGCCGGCAGGUCCUCGAGGCUUUGGAUUGUACUCAUGAGCAAAGCUGCCCCUCUAGUAUGGGAAUUUGGCACCAGAUUAUAUGGGAUCAUGAAACCUAGUUCUCAAGGUUUGGAUUUGUAAUGUUUGAGUUUUGACAGUGAAGAAGUUGUUAUCUAACUGAAACAUGAUUGAUAUGAUGGAGUUGAGCGUUUUUAAAGGGUCUCUGCCUCACCAGAUUAUAUGGAGGUGAUAAUCCGAUGCAAGAGUUGUGGGCGAGUCAAGCUGCCACAUUAUUAUUGUUGCAGGGGAUGGGAAGUUGAAAUGUGUUAGAAUUGAUAUGGGCUUUCUGUGUUGAGUUCAUUCCUUUGAAAGAUUGAUUCCCACAAAAUCUUGAGUGGAUCUUAGAAUCUUUACUUGGUUCAAUUUUGGCUGGUCAGAAUUUAAAAUAAAAAAUAAAAAAUAAAAACCAGCAUGUAUACAGAUCCCCUUCCAUUGUUGCAUGCCCAGUUCCAUAUCACAAUGUCAGGUUGGGAUGAUUUGUUUUCUGAAAGCUGUUCGUGAUGGAGAGCAUGUUUUUGGUGUCGCUCACAUCUUUGCCUCCUUCAAUGAUACCAUCAUUCAUGUGACUGAUUUGUCAGAGAGGGAAACUCUUGUCCGCAUCACUGAGUUGUGCUCUGCUGGACAAGUCAGUGGACUCUAGUGAGCCGGAGGAGUUGGUGUUUGAGUUGUCUAAGAGUGAAGAGGAGAAGGCGGGAUUAAGGAGUGGAAGCCGCCAGAGGUGAAGCCCAGGAGAGCAUCAGGGGUGAAGAUUGUGACCAGUUUGGCUUCAGUCAUGGAGGAUGAAAAUAGGAUUUUUGAUCCUUCCUUUUCACUAUUAGAGAACUGCAAUAUCAUAUAUGCCUAUAUGGUAGCCCAUAACCGUAUGAUCCCUUCUAUGUUUGUCUUUUUGAUGUAAGGGUCGGAAUUUAUUCAUAGCAAUAAAACUCUCGUAGGAGAAACUAGUUUCUGAAAAGAUCCCCAGAACAUUUUUGCUUGUUUCAAUUUCUGUAAUGAGGAAGAUGAUCACGUUUGGGGAAGAAGGCAAAACUCUUGUCUUUGUAGUAUUGUUCCUGUGCAACGUGGUAUUUUGAAUUAAUUCCGAUGCUGUUGAUUUCACAA